GGGAUGCGAGCUUCGCGCCUCUCCUGUGCCCGUUGGGCCCUUGGGCGCGAAUGCCAUGAUGGAAAGCUAGAAUCUCUGCCCUAAGGGCAGAGCAAUUCCUCGAUUCUCACCCUCACAACCCUCAACAAUCGACCAUUUCACCUUUGCUGCAUCCUAAUUUCGGUGUUGGGUGGUUGUUUGAAGCAACACUACGAGUUCCCUCUCGUGUGUAUCAGACACAAAGCACUCAUCUCGACCGUUCUCGUUGCUCUGGAGAGAGAUGGCGCUCCUCGCGUUGGGUCUCCUCAGCAUCCUGGGGACGGUAAAUGCAGAGCUGGCACCUACUUACCCAGUCAAUGCACAGCUUCCACCAGUGGCUCGGGUCUCAGAACCGUUCGAAUUUGUUUUCUCUCAAGGCACGUUUGCUGGCAGCGGGCCGAACACCCAGUACUCGCUUGUGAACGCCCCAUCAUGGCUUGAGCUAGACUCGAAGAGCCGUACGAUUUCCGGAACCCCUCAGAAGGACGAUAUAGGAUCGCCAACGUUCGACUUAGUGGCAGCCGACGAGACAGGAUCGGUGAACAUGGAGGUCAAUCUGGUCGUCACAACCGACGAUGGUCCGAAACUUGGGAAGUCAUUAUUACCACAACUCGAAGCGCUAGGCGCGACAUCGGCCCCAGACACGCUUGUCGUACACUCUGGCGAUUCGUUCUCCUUGACCUUCGAUCAUGACACGUUCACGAAUACGCGACCCUCCACUGUCUACUAUGGAACCUCCCCUGACAACGCACCAUUGCCAUCGUGGGUCUCGUUCGACCAGGCAGCCCUUCGAUUCUCCGGAUCUACCCCGGAUUUCGGACCUCAGACCUUCAGCUUCAACCUGAUCGCUUCGGACGUGGCCGGAUUCAGCGCUGCCACAGUGACCUUUGCGAUGACCGUCAGCCCGCAUAUUCUGUCGUUCAAUAAAAGUGCACAGACCCUCUUCCUGACCAAGGGGAAGUACUUCGAAAGCUCGGAAUUUCUUGUUGAUUUGACCCUGGAUGGUCACGGAGCUACAGGAAGUGAUUUGACAGAUAUCCAUGUGGAUUUCCCGAAAUGGCUGGCAUUGAACAAGGAGACCAUUUCGCUAAGCGGCACACCGCCAGCAGAUGCAGCAGACCAGAAUGUCACCAUCACUGUAACUGAUAAAUUCGAAGACGUAGCCACGCUGCUUAUUGGCCUCCAGUUCUCCCAAUUUUUCCAUGAUGAUUUGGAUGAAUGCGACGCCGUCAUCGGACAGUACUUUUCGUUCGUCUUCAACAGCUCCAUUUUGACCGACGAUUCUGUUUCACUGGACGUGGAUCUGGGCGAUCAGCUUCCGUGGCUGCAUUACAACCGCGACAACAAGACGAUCUACGGCCAGGUUCCUUCGGAUCUUCGCCCUGGAUCAUUCAACGUCAAUCUGACCGCUCGCGAGGAGACUGCGGAAGACAGCCGUCAAUUCACAAUCAAGGCAGUCUCGGAGAAGUCGUCCGCCGAAGACGCAGCCGGUACCGGCACAGCGGACGAAGGCAGCAGUAGCGGCGGCGCCAGCAUGAGCAGCCGGAAGGCCGGCAUCAUCGCUGUUUCAGUCAUUCUUCCGCUCAUUGUUCUGAGCUCCCUUGCUAUACUGCUGUUCUUCUGCUGGCGUCGCAAAAGAAAAGGCAUCGCCCCAGGCCCGGAGGAAGGACGUACAGAUGAAAAGACAAUGUCGCCACGCCUCGACCCUGAUUCCGACAUGUACCCACACUGUCAGCCCUUUGAGCAAACCACCCCAGGCAAGCCUCCGCGCAUGAUGAGAAGCCCGUCGCCAUCCUCGAAACCUCCAAAGCUCGAAAUCUUCUGGCACACGAAGCCCUUGGCCGACGCUGGCGCUGGCGCUACCGACACGGAUGACAAGGAGAAUGCUUACCCUAACUCAACACUGGACUGGGACUUUGGACCGCUGGCGAGCACUCCACCGGAAGAGCCAAAACCAGUCGCAGAUCCACCUCCGCAACCCAAGCGCUUAUCGUUCCAGAGCAGCCCCCCCGUGCGCAGGCGCACCACGACGACGACACCAAAGAAGCGAGAGCCGCUUCGGCCGAUCCAACCGCGGAGGUCACUCAAGCGGAAUUCAACGGUGUCGCGGUCGAGGAGGUAUUCCAAGCGGUCCAGUGGCAUCUCCACGGUCGCUUCAGGGCUUCCGGUCAGGCUCAGCGGUGCUGGGCACGGGGCGGGUGGAUUCGGGCCUCCGGGCCAUGGGGUCGUUCGCAUCUCCUGGCAGAACACACAGGCCUCUUUCCAAAGCGACGAGAGCGAUGUUGGAAAUUUGGCACCACUGUUUCCUCGCCCACCCCUCCGAGCACGCGAAAGCACGGAAUAUCCUAAACGCGUGAGUCUCCGGGCUGUCGAACCGGACACUUUGACCAUCUCCGACACGGAUUCCCUCGAGGCCUUCGUGCACAGUCGCGCCAAGAGCCGAAAUUCCUCCAACCCUCUGUUCGCUGGUCAAUUCGGCCGACGGGGGUCAUCCGGCGGCCGGGCACUGCACCGGGCACGCAGCACGGUGAGUCGAGCAGAUACGGUCGCCAGUUCGCAUUAUGUCGACGACUACCGACAAGAUCGGCCCUGGUCAGCCGCGAUGUCCGCGUCCAUCUACACGGACGACCAUCGCCAAUCGGCUUAUUUGCAUUCGCUGUCGGAGGAAUCGUCGGAUCUACCGUUAUCUGGGAGCACGAUGAACAAGCAACCCAGUCAAUCGAGUCUCGCGCAGAAUUAUUCCGAGGCGAUUGCUCCGCUACCGCGCUUUUACAGCGAGUUAAGCUUAAGCAGUGCCCAACGAGGCGAAGCCAGUAACCACCACCACCACCACCAAACGACGUACCCUGGUGGACCACCACCUUCGAACAAUGAGCGUCCCUCCCAUGCGAACAACAAUCGGACGUGGUUCCAGGUUGCGUCGAACGCGCCGGGCGAGGCUCCCAAAACUGAUCCGCCGCCCUUGCCACCAUUUCGCAAGAGCCCGUCUUUGUCCUCGAUGCCAUUCGAGGUGCGAUCCCGCCGGGUGAGCUUGAUUCGACCGGUGGACCGGGAUUGGAGCGAACAGAGAGGGAUUCAAAGAGAGUUGACGGGCAGUGUGAGAAGCGACAUCGCGUUUGUUUGAUUGAGGUGACAUGUAUACAUACCCCAUUCGUUUUUGCAUGUUAAGGAUCUCUUUGUGUUCGUGUGGUUCAGCUCCUGUGGCUG